ACUUGAGGACUUCCGGAUUCUGUCCUCGGCUGGAGAACGAUGAUUUUCCCGGAGUUUUCAAAUGGAAAAAACGAGUGAUACAAAUUGGCCAAGACCCUGUGGAAAUCCUGAAGAGAAGGAUGGACUCUCUGGGUAUGAGGGGCCCAUCCCUAAACCAGGACUUCCUACACAGUGUGCUGAAUGCUGUUCCUCGUGGACUGACAGUGGGCCCCUCUCUAGCAAAUGAUGGCCAGUUGGGGCUCUGGUGUGUAGGACAUGCACUGCAGAAAGGGAUGCUUCUGGGUGUGGAAAACCAAAGCAACACCUUUGACCAAAGGGAAGACUUUACAGAGAGCUUGAUGGAAGAAGCAUAUCAUACGAUAAUCAAGGGGCAUCUUUGGGACAGGUGCUAUUGGAUUAGAUUUGCCUGUAAUGCAAGGAGAAAGGAUGAACAGAAUGUUACUGUUCAUGAGGUGGACGGAAGUCUCUGUCUAAGGGCCUGCAAAGAGAUCAACCCAGGGACAGAACUUCUGCUUUGGAGUUUCCUAGCUGAUCCUCCGGAACACGAUGGAAGCCAAGGAGGGUCACUAAUAACACCAGGCAAACCCCGCAAACAAGUUACACCUCGCAAGUCCAGGGAGGAUAGAUCCCCAGGUGUAAACUUCAUGGAGCAAGAGCUCAAGCUUACAGAGCCUGAGGAGCACACUGAAGAUUCAGACAUGUCAACUUCUCCACUGGGGUCGGUGGUGGAGGAGAAAAGCCAGGCUGGAAUCAAAAGGACCAAACCUCUUAUCUACAAAAUGAAAAAGAGAGAAAUAACCAAUGUGCAAUGCUCUAAUGAGGACAAACUUGUGAGUCCUGCAGACGAGCCUCCAAAGAACAGUGAAGAACCAGGUAAUGUGGUAAGAAAUCCCCAGGAGGAACAGGGGCCACAGGUGGUCAGGGCCAGUUGCAGACUGGCUGCUAAACCCAGGAAGGUGCAUUCAUUAGUCAGCUGCAUCCACAAGCGUCUUCAAGGGUGCAAAAAUAGGUAUCUGGAUCGUCAAGUGACAUUGGAGGUUACGUCCAGAGUUGGUGAUGAAAAUGGACAAGCUUGCCAAGAAACAGACAUAAAAGAUAGAGAAAAUAUAAGCGCAGAUGAAAUCCCAAAGGAUAGUGACAAAGGGGGGAAGAAAGACCCGGAGGAGCUUACGACAGCUCCAGACCUCUUUAACAUCAGGGAAAGGAGGUAUACAUGUGACGAGUGUGACAAGAGUUUCUUUCAGCUCUGUCACCUGAAGAAGCACAAAUUCACUCACUCGGACCUAAAGCCUUACUUAUGCACAGAGUGUGGUAAGAAUUACAGCUCUCAAGAGAACUUCAGGGCCCACCUUCUGAUGCAUAAGGGAGAGAGGCCAUUCAAGUGCCAGCAGUGUGACAAGAGCUAUGGCCUGAAACGGGAUCUGAAGGAGCAUGAAGUUCUUCAUACAGGAGAGAGGCCUUUUGUCUGCGAUAUCUGUGGGAAGGCUUUUGCCCGCCGGCCUUCAUUACGUAUUCAUAGGGAGGCCCACCGCGCCAAGGAAGAAAAUUACCAUGCUCCUAAGCUCAAGUGCCCUGUCUGCGAUAAAGAACUGGCCAAUUCGGGCUCCCUUAGGAAUCACAUGCGCUUGCACACAGGAGAACGGCCUUAUGCCUGUCCCCACUGCAGUAAGACAUUCCGACAGCGGGGGAACCUUUUGGGGCAUCUACGCAUCCACACAGGGGAAAAGCCUUACAAGUGUAACCAUUGUAAUCAGUACUUCUCACAGGUGCCUGAACUCCGCAGACACCUCAUAUCACACACAGGGGAAGUCUACCUCUGCCCUAUAUGUGGCAAAGCCUUGCGGGACCCCCACACCUUGCGGGCCCACGAACGUUUACACACAGGGGAGAGACCUCACAAGUGUGAGGUGUGUGGGAAGGCCUACACCAUGGCCACCAAGCUACGCCGGCACAUGAAGUCCCACCUAGAGGAGAAGCCCUACAAAUGUCAGGCAUGUGGUGCUGGCUACACGCUAAUGCAGAGCUUGGUUCGCCACCAACUCUCCCAUAAAAAGAGAGAAGAUCGGACAUCUGGGGAGCUAGCUGACGCUCUGGCAGCUCUGGAGUCUAGCCACUCUGCCCCUGCUAGAGGCAGACCUAGAAAGACCCCUCGCAAGACAGAGGUCAAGCCAUGGGUUGAUGUCACUGAAGAGAACAUGGAGAGUCAGACAGUAGUGUAUGUUCAGGCCAUCGAAGACUUAGCCAUGCCUAACUCAGGGGAGGUUGUUGUCAGCACCUAUGACUCGUAUCAUGAUAAUGCCAUAUCUUCUGUGGUAAUAGAGGAAGGGUUGGAACAGGAUUUGGGCCAGAUCCAGCUAAAUGAGAAUGUCAUUGAGAUAGUUGUCUCAGAUUCUAAUGAUAAGUGCAUUGUGGUAAGGGAGCACAAAACACACAGCAACCUGGUGAUUCUACAGGGAGAGGAUGGACUGAGCUCUGUGGCAGAGACAAUAGAGAUAGAAACAGGAGUUUAAAACUGCAAGUCACACCGUUUUGCUUUCUGAUGCUGUUUUUAUUUUUUAAAUCUUCAAAUAAAACCAAGAAUGUGAAGAAAAAAUGUUGUUUUGCCUGCUAGAUGUACU